AUGGCGCACAUGUCGACCUGGCGCACAGGUCGACUUGGCGCUCAGGUCGACCUGUUUCUUUGCUUCAUAUUCAUUUCUUUCUUUCUUUUCCUUAUUGUCAUUCCCUUUCCCUUCCUUCCUUCCUUACUUCCUUUCUUCCUUCCUUCCUUCCUUGCUUACUUGCUUGCUUGCUUCCUUCCUUCCUUCCUUCCUUCCUUUCUUUCUUUCUUUCUUUCUUUCUUUCUUUUCCUUAUUGCCAUUCUCUUUCCCUUUCUUUCUUUCUUUUUCUUUCUUUCUUUCUUUCUUUCUUUCUUUCUUUCUUUCUUUCUUUCUUUUUCUUAUUGCCAUUCUCUUUCGCUUUCUUUCCUUUCCUUACCACCUUUCUUUCUUUCUUUCUUUCUUUCUUUCUUUCUUUCUUUUCCUUAUUGCCAUUCUCUUUCCCUUUCUUUCUUUCUUUCUUUCUUUCUUUCUUUCUUUCUUUCUUUCUUUUCUUUCUUUCUUUUCCUUAUUGCCAUUCUCUUUCCUUUUCUUUCUUUCUUUCUUUCUUCUUUCUUUCUUUCUUUCUUUCUUUCUUUUCCUUAUUGCCAUUCUCUUUCGCUUUCUUUCCUUUCCUUACCACCUUUCUUUCUUUCUUUCUUUCUUUCUUUCUUUCUUUCUUUCUUUCUUUCUUUCUUUCUUUCUUUCUUUCUUUCUUUCUUUCUUUUCCUAAUUGCCAUUCUUUUUCCCUUUCUUUCUUUCUUUCUUUCUUUCUUUUUCUUUCUUUCUUUCUUUCUUUCUUUCUUUCUUUCUUUCUUUUCCUUAUUUCCAUUCUCUUUCCCUUUCUUUCUUUCUUUCUUUCUUUCUUUUCCUUAUUGCCAUUCUCUUUCCCUUUCUUUCUUUCUUUCUUUCUUUCUUUCUUUCUUUCUUUCUUUCUUUCUUUCUUUCUUUCUUUCUUUCUUAGCCCGUUUCUCUUACUCUUGUUCACCCACACAUAUGAAUUCCUAUAGCUUUUCCAUUUUUUCUCCUCUUCCCACCUCUUCACUCCCUCUUAACUCCUCUUCCUACUCCUUAACUCUGUUAUUCUUCCAAUCUUUCUUUAACUAUUCCUGUUUUUCUUUUUUUUUUAACCUCUUAUCAGCGAUUCUUUAA